AUGAAGCAGAGAGUCAGUGCAUUUGAUAUUCGAGUCCUCGUCAAGGAGAUAGAGCAUGCCAUCAAGGGCCAUCGUCUCCAGAACGUGUACAACCUGGUGGCCAAUCCGCGUUCUUUUCUUCUCAGGUUCAGCGUUCCUGACUCGAAGGCCAAUGUGGUUAUAGAGAGUGGCUUCAAGCUGUAUCUGACCGAGUUUCAGCGCCCAACGGCUCCGGAACCCUCCAAUUUUGUUGUCAAGCUCCGAAAACACCUAAAGUCGCGGCGACUCUCGAACAUCAAGCAGGUCGGCAACGAUAGAGUCGUGGUUUUGGAGUUUGGGGACGGUAUGUACUACCUGGUUCUGGAAUUUUUCAGCGCGGGAAACAUCAUUCUGCUAGAUUCUGACCGCAGAAUCCUGUCUCUGUUUAGACUCGUCGAGGAACACGAGAAUAACGAUAGAUAUGCCGUUGGUGUCACGUAUGGCAUGUUCAACCGCUCGCUUUUCGAGGAACAAGGCCGGUUGGAACCUCGUAAUUACACUUCGGCCGAGAUAUAUGACUGGGCCAAGUCUGCGUCCGAAAACACGUCCAAGGUUCCGUCGAUUGCCAAGCUGGUGUUUCUGAACGCGGCGUAUUUGUCGUCUGACUUGAUCCAGAUCCAGCUCUCCAAAAACGGGAUAGAUCCGGCCUCCAGCAGCGUCAAACUUGUGCAGGACGAGGAAUUGCUUGCCCAAGUGACCGCUGCUGUCAAUUUGUGUGAGCAGGAGUUCCACAGACUGACAAACAUGCCCGCCGGCGAGCUUUCAGGCUACAUCAUCGGCAAACGUAAUCCCUUUUUCAGGCCGGAAGAGGAGGCCUCGUACGACAACCUCGAGUAUGUCUAUGACGAGUUCCAUCCGUUCGAGCCUGUGCAUAAGAAAAAGGAGAAUACGAGGGUUGAGGAAGUCAAGGGCUACAAUCGAACGCUAGACAAGUUUUUUGGCACUCUCGAGUCGUCCAAAGCUGUUCUCAAACUUCAGCAGCAGCAGGCAAAUGCUGCCAAACGGUUGCAAACCGUGAAGGACGAACACAUGACGAAAUUGCAGCGCCUAGAGGAGCAGCAAGCGAUCAACUACAGGAAGGGCGAGCUGAUCACGCUCCAUAGUGAACAAAUCGAGCAAUGCAAACAAAGCGUCCAGGCUUUGCUGGAUCAGCAGAUGGACUGGACCAAUAUAGAGAAACUGGUGGCCAUGGAACAGAAGAGACGAAAUCCUAUCGCCAACAUGAUCAAGCUGCCGCUCAACCUCGCAAAGAACGAGAUAACUGUCCUUCUGCCGGACAUCGAGGAAGAGAGCGAUAGUGAGAGCGAGGAAAGGCAGGAAAGCGGGCCGGUUGCCGUUGCCAUCGACUUGUCGUUGUCGGCGUACGCCAAUGCCACGAGAUAUUUUGACGCCAUGAGAGCGGCCCUAGACAAGCAGAAUAAAACCAGAAACAGUGCCUCCAUCGCCAUAAAGAAUACAGAAAGGACCAUACAGCAAGAUCUCAAGCGCAUGCAGAAAAAAUCACAGGAGCCAAGCGGCCUGAAGCAGAUCCGCGCAAAGUUUUGGUUCGAGAAGUUCUGGUGGUUUAUUACCAGCGACAAUCAUCUGUGCAUUGCUGGGCGCGACGAUACCCAAGUUGAUCUUAUUUAUUACCGGUACUUUGAUAAAAACAACGACGUUCUCGUUUCGAACGAUCUGGACGGUCUGAAAGUCAUCGUGAAAAAUCCAUUUAAAAACAAGGACAUUCCGCCAAGCACGCUGCUCCAAGCAGGAAUUUUCUCUCUGUCCGCCUCCAAAGCCUGGGACAAUAAAAUGGUGACCAGUCCGUGGAUGGUGAAAGGAACGCAGGUGUCGAAAAAAGAUUUUGACGGAAGCAUUGUUCCGGCCGGAAUGCUCAACAUCCAAGGCGAGAAGACUUUUCUUCCGCCAUGCCAGCUCGUUAUGGGCUUUGGCCUAUUGUGGCUCGGCGAUGAAGACACCACUAGAAAAUAUCGCGAUCUCGCGAAAUCCAGAAUCCAGGAGGUUGGGCUCGAGAUUGCGCAGCAGGAUGACAGUGUGGAGCUGAAAAUCCAGGAGCUGACUUCCAUGCUUGAGAAGCUAGGAAACGUGGAAGAGGAGGAUGUUGAAGAAAAGGAUGAAGAGCCGUCUGUUGCGGCAGAGACGGCUGAAACAGAGGAAUCCGCUAACUCUGUAGACAACAUGAUUAAAACGAAUGUCAGAGGAAAGAAAAGCAAACUGAAGAAGAUCAAGCAGAAAUACAAGGACCAGGACGAAGAGGAAAGACGUCUGAGGAUGGAAGCUUUGGGAACGCUGAAGCAGAAGAAAGAACAGACUGAGAAUCCGGAGACACAGCCCGAAAGCAGAGGCCUGGACAGAAAGACGCGCAAGAAACAGCAGGAUAUACGGCUUCUGAAGAAGCUGGUUGGAGAGCUUGAGGAUUCUGCGGAGGAAACGGACACGACGCCGUACAACGAGAUCAUCUCGGGGCUGAUUCCUGCUCCCAAAGAAUCGGACAGCAUUGUGAACUGUAUUCUGGUGUUUGCACCUUACAGCGCAUUGUCUAAGUACACAUACAAAGUGAAAGCGCAGCCAGGACGCGCUGCUGACAAUCACAGCAUCGAGAUUGAAGCUUGCCGGAGCUGCGGCCGACAAGGGGAAAAAUCCGGUUAA